GUAGGUCUGCCUUCCCAUAUACUGAACAGAGUGACUACUGCUGUGUGGGUGCUCAGAACCUGUCCUGGUGCUCUUAUACAGUAACUGAAAAAGGUUUUUUGUUUUUCCCAAUGAAGAAAGCUGUGCUGUUCAGUUUGUGGGGCGGUGUUGUAACUCCUCACCCUUUCCAGCCUUUUCACAAAUUCGAAACAUGUUCAAACACAGGGAGGGAUUUCACAGCGAAGACAAGUGAGAAAGAAGGCAGUGAGAAUGCUCUUGUUCGUGCUGAGCAGGGGAAAAUCACGCUUUCUCAGAUGUUUGCAGAGCUGCAAGUUACAGAAUCUGAGUGUAAAAAGGAGGCUGUCAGUGAGAACCUGUCUCUGCCUUCACCACUGACAGCUCAGAAACUCUGUGAUGAGAUAAGGAAGGUGGAGAUUAAUAAGAAUGCCCUUGAUACUGCUGCCACACUCCAGAGAAAUGGAAUAAAAACUGGUGUUGUGGCCAAUAUCUGGGUUGAUGACUCUCCUCAGAGGGACAGUGUUGCUAAGAUUCUCUCAGUGCUGGAAAGCUGUUUCGAUGUGGUGGUACGCUCUUGCCACAUUGGGUCAAGACUUCCUGAACCUGAGAUAUUCCACACUGCCUUGGAUGCACUGAAUGUUAAACCCAACCAGGCUAUCUGGUUGGACGUCAGUGAGGAGAGCGUUCAGGCAGCUGAAAGGUUGGGCAUGACAGCUGUUAAGAUUACUGACAUCAGUGCAGCACUAAUCAAAAUAGAAGAAUUAACAGGGAUAAAGGUCACCGGUGAGCAGCAGCCUUUAUGCUGUAAUCCUGAAGAGAUCACCCAUGGAUAUGUCACUAUUAAGCCUGGACUGAAGACUCAUUUUGUGGAGAUGGGGGAUGGACCUCCAGUCCUGCUCUGCCAUGGAUUCCCUGAAAGCUGGUUUUCCUGGAGAUACCAGAUUCCCGCCUUGGCUAAUGCUGGAUUCAGGGCUAUUGCUAUAGACCUAAAAGGUUUUGGUGACUCGACUUCUCCAGCAGAUAUUGAGGAGUAUUCUCAAGAAAAUAUUUUACAGGAACUAGUGACCUUUCUGGAUAAGUUGGGCCUUACUCAGGUUACUGUGGUGGGUCAUGACUGGGGUGGUGUGUUUGCAUGGAAUAUGGCUCUGUGUUACCCAGAGAGAGUGAGGGCUGUGGCUUCUCUCAACACUCCGUUUUUCCCUGUGGAUCCGAACAAAAAUCCACUGCAGACAAUGAAGUCUAUACCAGUCUUUGAAUAUCAGAUCUACUUCCAGGAGCCGGGUGUAGCAGAGGCUGAGCUGGAGAAGAAUCUGGAGAGAACUUUUAAAGUGCUGUUCACCGCUAGCUAUGAGACUGAUACGCAUCCUCAAGUGGAUUUGACUGGGGUUUGUAAGAGAGGUGGUCUGUUUGUUGGACUGCCAGAAGAAGUUCCGAGAAGUGCUAUUCUGAGUGAGGCAGAGCUGCAGUACUACAUCCAGCAGUACAGGAAAAGUGGUUUCAGGGGGCCUCUGAAUUUGUAUCGGAACGCAGAGAAGAACUGGCGCUGGCUGUGUUCAAGGCCAAGGGGCAAGAUCCUGUUGCCAGCUUUGAUGGUGACUGCAGGGAAGGACAAGGUGCUUCUGCCCAGUUUUUCCUUUGGCAUGGAGAAUAUAAUUCCCAAGUUAACAAGGGCCAGUAUUGAGAACUGUGGACACUGGACCCAGAUGGAGAGACCGGCUGAGACCAACAAAAUUCUGAUCUCCUGGCUGAAGGAAAUACACAAGGAAAACUCAAUUUCUUUAUAUCCAAAGCUGUAACGUUGUUAUAUCAUUGCUUGUGACUGCAAGUUUGAAGCUAGUCACCUACAACUGGGAAGUUUUUAAAUGCUUUUUAAUAUACCAUGCUUUGCAUAUUUCUUAAACAUAUUACAUUACAUUGCAUGUGUGCUUUAGAACACAUUCUUUAUUGAAAGCUUUAUACAUGAUAAAACAAUAAACAACUGU